CAGAAACCAGUUCGCAGCGUUUCUCCCGACAUUUAUGUCGUUGUCGAUGGCUUGUCGCACGCUCGGCAGCCUAAGCCCAGGUCAUCUUUGUAGUCUAGUCAAAGCGUUAUGUCAGGAAUUACACAUAUGACUAGAAAGUUCAAAACGAGCGCAUGACUGGGACUGGGAACAAACUGAUGAAGCGAUUUCCACCUAAGUCGCAAAAGCGUGCUCAGUUACUGCUGCCCGGACACUCUGCACGGAUACAUGCUGAUAUAAUAGGCUUCACUGCAUUUGGAGCAACACAGUCCACAGUGUUGAAACCCUCCCUCUUACACGAGCACUCGACUCCAAGCUCAAGCAGGCCAAGCUCUUUAAGCAGGCCAAGCGACGCGCCUAUAGGCAGCGUCACAAUAAGAAGUGCGCAUUGCUUGAAGACCAGGCGCCAGCCGUGCGAGGAAGCGCGUUUUUGUCAAGAUGAGGAGAUUCUGACGCCGUCCGGUGCGCUCCAAUGGACAAGCUGGCUCCUAUCAAUGCCAUAUAUCAAGAUAAUAGUCCUUCAUCGCGGCUGGCCGUAUAUCACCACGAAGAUGAGGCGUUUGUUUCGCCGAACGGCCCAGCACAGCGCCCGAUGUUCGGCUGCGGCGCAAUUUGCUACAACGACAGCUCCAGCUACCUGGGCGUCUCCGCAGCAGACAGCUUGACGAAGCUGGACGUAGGGCAAUCGGCAUCGGCUCCUAGUGCUGCGCAGCCCCCGAGCUCGCCCGAGCAGCACGCCGAGCCGGCGUCGAUGCAGCUAGCCGCAGUACGCGACAGCGGUUCACUUGAAGCUCCUGCACCGCCGCUAACACCAGUUACAGUUCACGGCCGAGCGCCGCCUGACGAGCACACGCCGCACGAACACCAACCGCAAUUGGCGCUGGCCUACAGCUCGGGGGUUUUCUCGUCCGCCGCCGCCGCGGCCGGCGUGGCCGCGGCCGGCGGAGCGCUGUCUCCUUCACCUUCUCUACAUGCAUCGCCAGCGCCCGCCAGCGCUGCCCCAGACACAGCGGCAAACAUGCCGCGCGCUUGCGCUUACAACGGCACGCCAAGCCAAGCCUGCACCACCUUCGCAGGCCCGCCUGCCCACGACGGGCCCGACGCGUCCCUCCACUCCUCCUCUUUCCUAGGCUACGGCGAUGCCGGCCCUGCCUUUUGGCGCCAGGCGAUGGGCUCCAUCACAGGUCCGAGCGGGGGCUCCUCGGCGGUGCCGCCGGAGGCGGGCGCCAUGCCGGCAGGCUGCGAGUCGUGCGGCCUUCAGGACGCUUCCCAGGCGCUGCACGGCGGCCUCACCCAGCGCGACCCGAUGCCGCCUAUGGGGUCUUACACUGGGUCUGACGACUCAGGCGGCACGUCCACGUGCCGCCAGGCAGCCGCCGCCGCGGCAGCGGCGGACGCAACCCCGCCGCCGCAGCUGGCGGCCGCGGCCUGCGGCCGCGAGGCCACGGGCUGCGAGGCUGGGGGAUGCGAGGGCGCGGAGGAGGAGGAGGGCGGCGGCGGCGGCGGCGACACGGACAUUGAGACGGAGGACGCGCUGGGCGACUGGGACGACCUUGUGGGCGUGGAUGACGUGGUGGUGCUGCCCGAGGAGGACCUGCAGCCGCACCUGCUGGCCCACCAGGUGGGGCAAGCCGGCGGCAACGGGCUUCUCGAUGCCGCCCACCAGCACCACGGCGGCGAGGAUGCCGCCGCUGCCGGCAGCGGCGGCAGUGCGCAGCAGCAGGCGCCGCCUGCGGCGGCGCAGCCCGGCGGCGGCCUCCGGGCGCCGCUGGCGAAGCCGCUGCCGGCAGUGCUGCCGGCGCCCAUCCACGUGAUGGUGGGGCCGCAGACCACGCGCAAGCGCAAGCGGCAGCGCGAGAAGCGCGCUCGCGCGACGCGCAGCGGCAGCAGCAGCGGCGGCGGCGGCGCCGUCGCGGGCGGUGGCGGCGCGGAGGGGCAAUUCAACAGCGACACGGACGCGGCGCUGGCGCGCAUGGCGCUGCCGGCGCUGCUGGCGACGGUGCCUGCCGGUAACGUGGUGGGGCUGUUCCACCCGGACCGAUACCUCAAGGGCGGCGACUGCAUCGCCUGCGGCAUGGGGAUGGUCAGCCGCAGCCGCUUUGAGAAGAUCGGCGGCUCGCCAAUGGCAAAGUGGUACCGCAGCAUCCGCGUGGUCGGCUCCGACGAGCCACUGGGCUCCUGGCUCACACGGCACGGCCUGCCAGUGCACACCGGGAUGGCCCGCCAGCGCAAGCCCCGAGCCAGCGGGCCUGCCAGCAGCAGCGCCGCCGCCGCCGCCGCCGCCGCCACGCAGCGCCGCCGCGACGACAGCUCAGAAGACGACGACGCUGCUGGUGCUGCCGCCGCCAAGGGACUUUCAGCGUUGGCACCGUCGGCAGUGGCGGCGGUGGCGGUGGCACGGCGGCGGCGGCGGCGGCGGCAGCGUGCAGCGCUGUAAGUGGUGCUGUGGCUGCGGCUGUGAGAGCGUGAGUGC